AUGUCUAUUCAAGAUAUUGUGUUUGUUACUGGUAAUGCUAACAAAUUAAAGGAAGUGAAGAUGAUUCUAUCAUCUGAAAGUUCUAAAUUCAAUUUAAUUAAUGAACCAUUAGAUUUAGAAGAAAUCCAAGAUGUUGAUUUAAAGAGUAUUGCUAUGGCUAAAUGCAAACAAGCCUCUGAAAUAUUAGGUCCCAACAGACCUGUAUUUGUAGAAGAUACAGCAUUAGUAUUUGAUGAAUUCAAUGGUUUACCAGGUGCUUAUAUUAAAUGGUUUGUUAAGAGUAUGGGUCUGGCUAAAAUUGUUCAAAUGUUAGAUUCUUUCGAUAAUAAAGAUGCUAAAGCCAUCACUACGAUAGUGUAUGCUGAUGGUAAGGGCGAAUUUCAUGUAUUCCAAGGGAUCACAGAGGGAACUAUAGUCUCAAGUCGUGGUCCAACUACCUUUGGUUGGGAUUCAAUCUUUCAACCAAAGGAAUCUACAAACGGUCAAACAUAUGCAGAAAUGGCAAAGGAGGAUAAGAAUUUAAUCUCUCAGAGAGGUAGAGCCUUUGCACAACUGAAGACCUUCCUAGCUGCCGAAUCUAUGUAG